AUGUCUUGUUGCACACAGCUUCAGGAUACUAUUGAUGAGGUGACAACUCAAUUUUACUCAUCUAUUCAUUAUAUGAGUGCACAGCAUGAUUUUGUUCCAUUACCCGGACAAGAAAAGGCAUCUGAUGCAAAAUUGAAUCCAGUCUCUGAAGAAGACUUGAAAUUUGUCCAAAAGGAUAUGGCAAAAGAUUUGGUCACGAAGUUUCAACAGAUUGGUACUCUUAUUCAACAAUUACCCGGUAUCUCAACGGCUCCCAAACAUCAGAUGGAAAAGAUAAAGUCAUUACAAAAAUCAAUUGAAGAAAAAAAGAAAGAAAGAGAGAAUUGCGAAAUUCGAAAUGAACAAUUGAAAGCUUCCUUAGCUCAGAGGAUUGAGACAUUUGGACAAGUAACUUGCGAGCUAUUUCAGUCGUUUUAG